CUCGCAUGAAAAGUUUUUCUCUGGACACCCCAGACCCUCCUAAACAGCUUCUGAGCAUCGAUGAGACAACAAAGAAGAAAAGCAGCUCCUUCACUAACACCUGUUUUGGUGCAACAGGCAUGUAAUGAAACUAUUUCCCGCAGCUACCAUGGCCUUGUGUUUUGUCCAAGUGUAUCACUUUGUACAACUGCUAAUUGAUAUCAGAUAUGUAUGAUUUGUUUUUAGGUGUUUUUGUUGUAGUGCUUUAGAUGUGUGAAAAAUUACUUGUAAUGUCAUUUGCAUGAAACUGUAGUUUAGUGAUAAUGUUAUGCUGGCUGAGUAGCUGGAGCUGUGUAACAAGACAUUCACAAACCCCUUAUUUAUAUCGUGUGUGGUUAACAACUGUGUAAUCCUGAUGUAUGACUGUGUGCAGCUAUACACCUGUGAUUGGGUGAGAGACAGGAACAGAAGGUGAAAACCACAAGUCACAUAUAAGAAUUUUUUCUGUUACAAAUUUGCAUAAGCCAUACAGUAGCUGAAAGAAUACACUAUGCACAAACCACACUUUGGUUGAAAUAAACAACAGUGUAACAUGAGUCACCAUAACUGUCUGCAUGAGCAGCAUUGCAACAUAUAGGCAUUUAGUUCUAAAAGCAUGACCCAGGCUGUAACAGAUCAAGAAGCUGUGUACAUUAGUCAUAUCCUAAAAGCAUGACACAGAUUGUAACUGAUAAAGGGGAAUUGGUGUUUUAAGAUGAGCUAGCAACUGAGGCUAUAUCACGGCAAGGCAGCCAGCCCAGUAAACAGAUGCCACAUGUAGAGAAAACAACAUGCCGAAGACAAGACCUGAACUUUUUGUGCCACUGGACUCCCUACCUGAUAAAGAAGCUUUGUAAAUUAGGCAAAGAAGGGGCAAGAUCUGAGGAGUGAAAUGAUAUAAGAUCACUGAAUUGCAUUUUAAAAUAUUUACCAUGAUGCAUGGUGAAGACUCUGUGGUUCAGCUAAUAAAACAAUACUAUUAGCACGUUCUGCACUGUAGUUUAUAAUCACACAAUAGCUGACAGGGAAUGGACAAAAGUAGACUAAGAAAUGUACAAUAGCAAACAAGAAAUACUAUGAAUUCUAGCAGACAUAAUGAGUAUUCGUUAUUAAUAUAAAGAAAUAGCAUAAAGAGUAGAUUAAAAGUCAUAAGGAUUACUUAAAAAAGCUGAUUCAUUGUAUUCAUCAGUUCUACACUUUUCAUUCUUUAUUUGGCCUAAUAAACCUGCAUGUUAGUAACCAAGAACUUCUUUUGAUUGUUAGUUGCCAGUAUGUGGUCAGCUUCUUAUUUUUGUAACUAGCUUGGAAAUAUUUUGAGCAUAUGGGGGCGCACAAAUUAGCAUCAAUUGUUGAGAAAGAUGAUUUGCUUGGUUAAGGGCAAUAAUAUUUUCCCUAUGUGCUCAAAGGGACAACAAAAAUAGCUUUAGAUACCCUAGAUGAGGGUGCUAACUACUCUCCCCUGAUUUGCAGUUGGUUGCUUCCUGAGUACUGUAGAUGCUGGAACAAGAUGACCACAAUGCAUGCAAAAAGACCACCAAGCCAUUUAUUGCAAUGAUACACACAUCAUGCUAAACUAUCCAGUAUGUUGUCUCCUUGUAGGCAGACAGCCAGAUUACAGUACUGUAGACAAACUACAAGCAUAGUAGCUGAAAGCUAGAUGACAUUAAUAGCAGAUUGAUAACACACAAAAUACAGCAGGAUAUUAUGUAGUAUUUAUGAAACACACUUUGUAAAUGUAGAUAAUAAUUGCAGUUAACAAAAGGAUGUACAGUUGUAGCAAACAGUAUGCAGCAUUCUUGAGACGCCUCAUACUUGGAAAGUAAAAAAAAAAAAAAAUUUUACAAAUGAUCUUCAGAUAAAAAAAUAGCCAUGUCACAGAUAUUACAGAAGUGAUGUGUUCAACCUGAGAACAACAAAUGUCAUGGUGAUGUGCACAUGUAGAUAUAUGUGUCCUAAGGCUAAUUGUGUGUUUGCAUGACCUCAUUUACACAGUCGUUGCUCAAUUUGAUGUAAGUUUGUCAAUUUGUCAUGAAAGCCAGGCAUUUCAGUGGGAAAAAAGUUGUUCCUGAUAGGUAAUGUUUUCCAUUCUUCUGUGACAGGUGAGUCUAAGACAAAUUGGAUUUGAAACCGAAAUAGGUGGUUUAUUGAUUUUAAAUUAUUAUUUUUGCCUGUCAACAGUUGUUUGAUACUUAGUCCACAAUAUGCUUUGCUCUAAAAGCAAAAACGCAUGCACACAUAUAUGUGGUGUGCAUGUAAACAUGCAUGUGCACACACACACACACUCAUAUAUACCUACGUACAAUCAUAACUGCUAGACAGGCAGCAGUUGAAUAGUUUGUUGUUGUUGCUGCUGUUGUUGUUGGCUGCUACUGCUGUUACUACUUUUGUUGCUGUUAUAGUUGUUGUUCAGUAGAUUUUAUAAAUUAUGUAACCCUAUGACAUGCAGCAUGCACUAUCCAUAAUACAGUAUUGAGGUUUUUCUGAGCUUAUGCACAGGAAGAUUGAACGUUAUCCAACCCACGUUAAAAAAAAAAAAUUCUCUCAAUUUAAAGUCUAGCUUGUUAAUAAUUAGUUGUACAUUAGAAUUUAAAAUGUUCUAAUUAAUGAUGUCAUCAAUUGUCUUAUGCCUAACCAAGUGAGUAUUAAUAAAAUCAUAGGUUCAACCAGUCCUUCUGAGCCCAUAAAUGCCUCACAAACAACGUCAGCAACCACAACAAAGAAGAAAUUAGGAUGGAGUCACAGAUCAAGUUCCUUAGAAAUAGAAGACAGGAAGAUUAGGAGCCAUAGUUUGUCACCAAGUGGUUCACCUAAAUCAAAGAAAAAGGACCUGGAUACUUUUAUUGUACUCUAUCACUUUCGUGGCAAGGAAAAAGAUGACAUGGAUCUCAGAGCUGGAACAAGGAUCAAUGUCACAAAUAGCUCUGACCCUGACUGGUGGAAGGGUAAAUAUAAUGGGAAGUCAGGUUACUUCCCAGCUAAGUAUGUGCUACGAAUAGAGCCAGGUCAGCAGAUUUACCAAGUGUUACGAACGAUAAAUCUGACCGAGAUGGAUGGCCUCAGUGGGAUUCGCCUGCACAAGGAUCAGAUUGUCUUCCAAGCUGGAGCUGAAAUGGAGGGCCUACUGCAUGUGCGAUCUGCUAGCAAUCGCGAGUGCAUGUGUCCCAUACAAUACCUCAUUAAGGUGUAGUUCUUAUGGACAUACUGUUUUAAUUGCUGAUGGAAAAUAACUAAAGCAUAAGGUGGCAUUGUAUGAUCUUGAUGUCCUAGCGCCUGGUGCGAGGGACUGGCUGAGUUCUCCUGCUCAAAGAUCAUGUGUGGCUGGUACACUUUCCACUUUCUCUUUGUGUAUGACCAUCAACUACAAGUUUUCAACCAAACUGGCAUACUGAGUUAACUGAUCUCUAUUUUAUGACUACAAAACAUUAUAUUUUUUAUGAUUGACAGCAGAUUUUAACUUUUACUCAGUUCAGUAAAUUUUCGUUGCUACUACCAUAUUUCAGUGGAUACUUCAUCUCUCCUUUAUUUAACUGUGAACUGUGACCAUUUUAUUAUCCUUGUGAACAAUGCAUUUCCCUGUGUUUAUGAAAGUUAACUACUGCCACACUAUUAUAAAGUUGAAUAAUGGAUUUCUCAUCAGUGCUGCCAUAUUGUCAUAAAAAUGAACAGCGUACUCUGUUUGUCAUGAUAAACUAUACGACCAUGUAUUUAAAAGUUGGACAAUUUCUCUUCCAUUAUGCCUAAUUGUGAACUGCUACUUUGUUAUUUUCCUGGUAGACAGGGGAUCUCUUGUUAUGAUUGUGAACUAUGAUGAUGUUAUCAUAGUGGUGGACAAUCAACCUUCCUUGUGAUGACCGUGAACUGUUACCAUUUAUUCAUCAUGGUCAUCAAAAAAGAUGCCCAAAAUCCACAUGCCAAGCAAAUGCAUUUUUUUCAUUGUGAAAUCUUUACUAUUAUCAGUUACAUCACAUUUUUGAAUGGCUCUGAAUGUCUUUGAAGAGAUUCAGACAUUAAACAUGGCACAAAAUAUGUGUUUGAUGGUGUUAAAGUAUCCAAAGAACACACAAAUAAAUGUUAAGACAUU